AUGAAGCUCAAGGCCUCGCUUCUCGUCCGCCUCCCAGGCAUACGCUGGAGCCCACACGACAUUGAUUCUUCCGAGCCAUCCUCGUCAGCCUCGCCGUCAAAACCCAAGCCGCGCAUCCCGUUCUCGCUCCGGUCCUCCGCGCCCGACACUGCCAUUCUGCGCCCCCGCAAAUCCUCGCUGAAACCAUCGUCGGCCGCUGAACCCAAUGUACGCAUUGAUGCGCGCACGCGUGCACAGAACCAGGCGCUGUUCUUCGCUCGCCUGCCGCUCGAGCUGCGGCACAUGGUGUACGAGUAUGUCAUGGGUGGGGAGGUGCUGCACUUGACGCUGAGCACGAAGCGCCGAUUUGGACAUUGCAUCUGCGACGAGGGCCGCGAGGACGAGGAACACAAUGGAAAUAGUAAUCAUAAUCCUAAUAGUAGCAGUGGUGCUACGAACAACAGCAAGCAAUGCGCGUGCCGGGUCCUUGUUGGCGGGAGAAAAGAUGCACGACGCCUUGAUGGCGGGGGCGUCAGUCUCGCCCGCACAUGCAGGAGAAUGUAUGCAGAAGCCCUGCCGUAUCUCUAUCGCGCGCAUGCGUUUUCCCUCUUACAUAUCACGCAUCUCCUCUAUCUGCCGUCGUCUGUCCCGCAGCUCCACCUCAACGUCAUCCGCGUGCUGCGUCUGCGCUGGGCCAUCCGCGCGCUGCCGUACUUGCGCCGCGGCCCCUCCAACCGCGUCGCAUACCGUGAAGACACGGGGAAUUGGGAGCGCGCGUGGGGCAUCAUGGCGGGCAUGCAGGGGCUACGAGAACUGUACGUUGUGCUGGUUGAUCCGAGUCCGCAGCAGCUGUGGGAGCGGAACUGGCUCGAGCUAGAGGAUAUAUUGCUCGAGAGUGUGAGGGGCGUCACCAGACCGAGGGACGCCGUGGUCGUAAUGCCGUAUCAGAGCUGUGGCGUGGACUGGGAUAUGCGUGGCAGUCCUGUGGUGCUUAAGAGGCCCGAAGAUGGGGAUAUCGAGACAGAAGAUGAAGAAUAAACAUGUCCAUGUU